CUUCUCAGAAGCAGACACGGGUUACACUACUGAUAGCAUCACAGUGAAACUGCUACGUGGGGACACAUGGCUGCCUAGGAUAGCUGUAAGUCAAUACCAUCCUCCUGGGCAAAACCAGCAGAUAUGGUCAGUAGCUGAGAGACAACCUGGGGAUGCUUCAGAUCAUGCAUUCAGAAGGCUGGAAUCUUACCAACCAGGUCCUGAAGAACUAACAGAUGACCACCCAUCCAACUACAGAGGGGGUUUUAUUGCAUUCAGGUUGGAAUUAGCCCAAAAAUACUACUUAGAGUGGACAAUGAACAACACCGCUAAAUGCCAUGAUGAUCACACCUUGGAUAAGUAUUUGUUUCCAUUUGUGUACAGCAUUGUGAUGAUAAUCAGUAUUCCCAUCAACUGCAUAUCCCUCUAUGCAUCUUGCAUUCAGGUGAGGAAAAAGAAUGAGCUAGCAGUCUACAUCUUCAGCCUAUCCCUGGCUGACCUUUUGUACUCUCUGAUUCUGCCGCUUUGGAUUGAUUAUGCCUGGAAUGGAGAUAACUGGAGGCUCUCUGCCUUGCUUUGUCAGAUUUCUGCCUUCCUUAUGUAUAUGAAUUUCUACAGCAGCACUGCAUUCCUUGCUUGCAUCUCCGUUGACAGGUACCUGGCAUUAGUUCACCCCUUGAAGCUCCAGCACUUGCGCACAAGAAGAUUUUCACUGAUUGUCAGCAUAAUUGUUUGGAUUCUGGAAAGCAUCUUGAAUUCAGUCAUACUGGUGAACAAAGAAGUAUUCAAUGAUCCUUGCAAUUUCACUAAUCAUACAUUAUGCUAUGAUAAAUACCCCCUGGAAUGGUGGCAGGCAUGGAUAAAUUUAUUCCGGAUAUGCUCAGGGUACCUAGUCCCUUUGAUAAUCAUUGUGUUUUGCUACCAUAAAAUCUACCAAGUAGUGAGGUGUAAUCAAGCCACAGUAGAUGAAGAAAAGAAAAAAGUGAGGAAACUUAUUCUGAAUAUUACAGUUACUUUCAUCGUUUGCUUCACUCCUUAUCACGUUACUUUGCUUAUUCGCAGCAUCAAAGAACCUUACACCACUGACCCACAGCUUUUGCCAUUGAUGUAUAAGGUUUACAGAAUCACACAGGCCUUCACAAGUCUGAAUUGCAUUGCUGAUCCCAUUCUUUACUGCUUUGUGAGUGAAACUGCACGAACAGACAUACUGAAUUUACUCAGGUGUUGCUUGUGCCUACGAAAGUGUGAGGGAGACCAAGGAAAAGACCAUGCUCUGUGCAGUUCUGCUACAAAGAGCAGCGUGCUGAUCACCUACAGAAGUUCCUGUGAAACAGAGGCUGUCAAAAUGCCUAAGCAAAAACGUUCCAAGCAAAAUCGGAUAACCUAAAGGGGAAAGAAAGAAAAAUUCUUCCCCAGUCUGUACCUAGGAAAUACCCCAAAAGUCACCCCUAAUCUAAAGUGAAACUAGUAGAUGGAGCUAAUAAUUUAUUACAGGGUCAAUGAAAUCAGUGAAGCUUCAACAUGUAUCUUUAAAUCAGGCAUGGUACAUAAAUCAAUGUCAGCAAACAACAUGCAGUCAAGAAAGAUAACCAUGACAGACUGACAAAAUUACUGAGGAUCCCCCAUAGAACUGCCUCCUGUCACAGCUUGCUAGCUAGCCCACGUGCUGGGCAUACAUGUACUUAGCAGGAAGAAGGCUGAAGUCUUUCUUAACCUAGUCAUUUGUUUUCAGUUUUAGUAGAAACUUAAAGCUGAGCUGGGAAGGAGCCCCAAAAGGGAUAUUUUUUUAAAUCAGUACUGUGAUAAAAGUGAAUAAAGUACGCACACACAUGGAGAUCAUUCAAAUGAUUGACAAAGGAGCAGAUGGAGGUUGGAAAAUCCCUCUAAUUUCAUGGUGUAAUUUAUGCUGCUAUGAUGGUUCCUGUGUUUCAGUAAUGACUCAAGUUCCCCUUCAGCAUACCCCUGAGAUUAGCCAAUUCUUAAAAUUGUUUUCCUCAUGUAGUGGGGUACUUACCUGCUCUUAAGCUUUUCAGCUUUUGUUUUCUUUGGAAAAUAUAUGUUCUAAUAUAAAACCAUAUGUCAUUACAAUUUCAAUAUUGGGUUUCAGAUAGUUGAAGAUUCAUUACUUCAAGUCCCUAUAAAGAACCAAAUUCUAGCCGCCAGUGGUUUAACUCAGGUGAAAUCUUUCCUAUAUAUGCAGGGAGGAAAGAGAGGAUUGAAAGGUAAGGUUUUACAUCACAACGUAAAGGACCAGCCUUUAGCCUUGCUUCUUAUGACUGAAGUGUGGAGUGUGGUUACAUUUGCAGAGUCAAUAGGGCAAGAAGGUUUUUAUCCAUUUACUUAAGUGCACCCGGAGGCCUCAGCUAGAGGUUCCAGGGCUCUCAGUCUGCCAGCUUAAAAAAAAAUCAAACAACAAACCAGCAAGCAAUACUGACAAAUCAGCAAAAACCAAACAAUAAGAAUGGCAGCAAAAGAACCCAUAUUUUGAAAGGGUUGAAGUUAGCACAAAUCAAAAGUACCACUGUUAAUUCAAGGACCUGUUCCUACGCAAGCCCCUGCAAUGGCUGCAUAGUUCCUGGUAGCAGUGGGCACUCGACCCUCUGAAUAAAGUGCUAUGGAAAAUAAUUUUUUUCCAUCUCACAAUCUUUUCACUUUUGUUCAGUUACCAGGAAGAAUGUUUGGUUAUGGUGGUUGUCCAGUUUCAUAGGGAAAAAAACUUACUUUCCAUCAAUAAAAUCUCCCUCUAGCAAGUCUGUGUAGUGGAAAGAUUCUGACCAGCACUUUUUCAGCACACUUGUAGGUCUGACAUUAUACUUGGAGGAUGAGCGUACAGUGGUCAAAAAAAUAUGGGAAUUCUUAUGAGUAUCCCUCUGUGUGUAAAUUACAAUUUCCUCCAUUACAAGGAGCGACUUUCAUUGUUUUCAUGGGUUUCUGUUUGUGUCUAUUUAUGCUUCCAAUUAAUUUCACAUUCUGAGAGGGGAACUUGAAAGACUGAGGAGGCUGGGCUUGUUCAGCCUGGAGAAGACUUUGGGAACCUAAUGGCAGCCUUGCAAUACCUGCAAGGAGGUAUGAUGAUAAUGGAGCCAAGUUAUUCACAAAAGUGCACAGCAAGAGGACAAGAAAUCAUGCGCAUAAUUUCAAGCAAGAAGGAUCAGAGUUAAUAUAAGGAAGAACUUUUGAACUGAAGGGACUGCCAACCAACGGUGCACAUUGCACUAAGAUGUUCUGCAUGCUCCAUCCUGACAGGUUUUCAAGACCGAACUGGACAAAGCCCCAAACAGCCUGGCCUCAGAGCUGACCUUGCUUUGAGCAAAGUUGGACUAGAGUCUUCCUGAGGUCCCUUCCAACCAGAAUUGUCCUGUGAUCCUAUGAACCGUGUAUGUCACUACUUUGGCUGUUGCCUUCCUUUCUAAAAAAGUAUGUUCCCUUCUUGGUUUCCAUUUGCUGGAUUUUGUUUUGUUUUCAUGUGGAAUUUUUUUAUGUAAUACUUUGUUACAUAUUACAAAGGAAGAAGUAUGCAAGCAGCAGUGCAAGUUAUUUCACCACAGAUUUGUUCCUGUGCAACAGAAUGUGAAAUUUCACAACACUGGAAUAAAAGCAGAACUGAGCUUCAUGGAAAAAAGAACUCUCUGGUUUAUUUCUAGACCUUUCACAUGCCAGAAAGGCUACAAAGGUAAU